GAAUUUUUCAAUUUGAAUGAUCUUCGUGUUGGAAAUGUAAUGACCCUCCAAUUUCCGGUUCAAAAAAUUCCUCAUUUCCUUUCAAAAAAGGAGGCCGACUCAAUGCCUCUCUCACUCUCACAACUCACAAGAGUUCUACAUCUCUUGUCAAUCCCUCAAGAUUCUCCACAAGCCAAAUAUAUGAGAAAAACACUUGAACAGUGUGAAAAAGCCAUCAUAGUCAAAGGGGAGACCAGGAUGUGUGUCAACUCUUUAGAGUCCAUGCUUGAAUUCGUUGGCACAAUAAUUGGUUCAGAAGCCAAAUAUGAUAUUCUCACAACCAGCAACCCAUCACCCACAACCACCCCUCUCCAGAAAUACACCAUUUUGGAAGUAUCACCUGACAUUAAUGCUCCAAAAUGGGUUGCUUGCCAUCCCAUCCCAUAUCCAUAUGCCAUUUACGGUUGUCAUCACAUAGCUACAGGGAGUAAAGUGUUCAAGGUAUCUUUGGUUGGUAAUGAGAAUGGAGAUAAAAUGGAAGCUCUUGGAAUGUGUCAUUUGGAUACAUCUGGUUGGAACCCAAAUCAUAAGUUAUUCAAGACACUAGGAAUCAAGUCUGUGAAGAACUCUUCGGCGUGCCACUUCUUUCCUGUAAACCAUAUUUUGUGGAUUCCAAAAUCCACCAUGUGA